AUGGCCCCAAUUGGUAUGAUGCACUUUAAGAAUAGCUCUGUGACUACCCAAAGGAGGGAGAUUGGGUUAAUGGCUUUUGCCUUGAAGCUUUUGCUACUUAAGCACUUUAAUAAUAGCACCGCUGACUUUGAGACUGUUAGGGAUAUCAAAGAAAACCUUUGCUACUUAAGUUAUGAUUACAAAAGGGAAUAUCAACUGGGACUUGGGAUUACCAUCCUUGUCAAGAAUUAUACUGUGCCAGAUGGAAGGGUCAUCAAAGUUGGCACUGAACGAUUCCAGGUUCCUGAGGCUCUUUUUACUCCUAUAAGUGCAUUAUUCUCUUCAAUUACCUAUCUUCAAGGACUUUAUGUAAACUUUGAAUUUCUACAUCUCUGGUCAGAUGUGAAUUCUACUAAUGGAGUCUAUGUCAAUAUAUAA